AUCUUCGUUUUUCUUCCCUCCACCUCGCUUCUGACUUCAUCAUUCGGCCCUCGCAAGAGUAGCCCACUUUUUUUUUAAACCUCUUGAUAUACCCCUUCCCCUUCCAUACCCAUCUACACUUAAUCAAAACACAAUACAUCAUGUUGUUGGACUAUCUUCAACAUCGUCGAGACUGCCGAUUCAAGCAGGAUGAACGCGCCAGCAAGGUCAAGUCCUUGACGGCCUACCGCGGACCCUUCAGCGUUGUGGACCGCGAGAUUCUCAAUAAGUCAAUUGAAGACCUCGUCGACGAAGUCCAGAAGGACCCCAGCAAGGCUGCCCAGCUCCUCAAGACAUACGGCAAAGUUGCCCUCAAUGCCCACGAGAAGACCAACUGUGUUACUGAGAUCCUUCUCUCCGAUGCCGAGAAGUGGCUGCACGAUGGCUCCAUCAACUUCAAGGGUCCUCUUGCUGGUAUCCCCGUCAGCUUGAAGGACACCAUCGAUGUCGCUGGCUACGACAGCACCGUCGGUUACAGCAAGUUUGUCAACAAGCCCAAGACUGAGGACGGUGUUACCACUCGCAUGCUCAAGGAAGCUGGUGCCAUCCCCUAUGUCAAGACCAACAUCCCCAUUACUCUGCUCAGCUUCGAGUCCCAGAAUGACCUGUGGGGUCGUUCCACCAACCCUCACAACGCCAAGUACACCCCUGGUGGUUCUACCGGUGGUGAGGGUGCCCUCCUUGCCAUGGGUGGCAGAAUCGGCAUUGGCAGUGAUGUCGCUGGCAGUGUCCGCUGCCCUGCCCAUUUCUCUGGCUGCUACUCCCUCAAGUGCUCUACUGGCCGCUGGAUGAAGCUCGGCAUGAGCACAAGUAUGCCCGGCCAGGACGGUAUUCCCGCCGUAUACAGCCCCAUGGCCCGUACCCUCAACGAUCUUACCUACUUCACACGCGCCAUCAUUCAGAUGAAGCCUUGGACUUACGACUACUCUAUCCACCCCAUCCCCUGGAGAGAAGAUGUUAGCAAGACCUACCUGGAGAAGAAGAAGUUCCGCGUCGGUAUUCUACGCACAGACAACGUCGUGGACCCCAGCCCUGCUUGCAAGCGUGCUUUGGAGAUGACAGAGGCCGCCCUGCGUCGCGCUGGCCACGAGAUUGUCGAGCUCGACCCUCCUUCUCCCUUUGAGGCUCUUCAGAUUGCUUCGCAGCUGCUCGAUGCCGACGGUCUGGAUACCGCCACAUCUUUCAUGCGCAGCGGCGAGUGGCAGGACCGUGGUGCCAACCAGAUGCGCUUCUACGCCCAGCUCCCCCGCCCCGUCAAGUACAUGUACUACCUCUGGGUCAAGUACGUCCGUCGCGAUCCCAUCUGGGCCGACUUGCUUGUCAACUGGCACCCCAAGACUACUACCAAGUACUGGGCACUCAUUGCCAAGCGUGAGCUGUACAAGCGCCGCUUCUUCGAGCACUGGGACGAGAAGGAGAUUGACUUCAUGAUUGCACCCCCCAACGCCACCCCGGCUGUUCCCCACAACGGCAUGAACGACGCUUGCGCCAGCUGCGGCUACACCUUCAUGUUCAACCUCCUCGAUUACUCUGCUGGUGUCAUUCCCGUCACCCACGUUGAUAAGGCCAAGGACCAGCUCCCCAAGGACUUUAACAUUAACAAGCUCAACGGUAUUGCCCGCGGUGCGUACAAGCACUAUAACGCUAACGAGAUGCACGGAUUGCCUGUUGGUAUCCAGGUUAUCGGUCGCCGACUUGAAGAAGAAAAGGUGUUGGCUCUCAUGAAGAGAGUAGAGGAUGCUCUGGGCGACGACAAGUACAAGCUUCUUGAACUUGAUUAAGCGUCUUCGUUUUGCUUUUGUAGUGUCCGUUUUAUUAGCCUUGUAGUAAUGUAAAAGCCAUCUUGACUUCGCAAGCAAUGCUCUACACACCUCCUGUCUACACACAACGCAUAGAUUUGAAAUCUAGUUAAACCUCGGCAGCCAACUGUCCUCGCAUACCUUGCUUAAUAAAAU